UAGCGUAGUAUUAUGAUUAUAAUUAAACAUUUAAAUGCAUAAUCGUAUUUAUUCAAUUGUUAUCACUCAACAUAUUUAACUAACAAUGUUAAUAAUAAAUUAUGAUAAAAAAGAAGUAAAGAAAAAAGAAUGUUAAAUUAAAAGUGAAAAGUGAAAAUUAUACAAGUGAAAGAUUAUUGUUAUGGUGAGAACAGUAGAAGAAGAAGAAGAGGAAGACGAAGAAGAAGAAGAAAAAAAAUCGGAGAUGACAGGAGUUAUAUAUCAUGAAAGACAGGUAAAGGAGAUGUGCGCUUUACAUGCACUUAAUAAUUUAUUCCAAGAGAGAGGAUUUAGUAAACAAGAGCUUGAUCAAAUAUGUUAUGGAUUAAGUCCAGAUGUGUGGAUUAAUCCUCAUAAAUCAUUACUUGGUCUUGGAAAUUAUGAUAUUAAUGUUAUUAUGGCAGCUUUGCAAAAAAAAGGCUAUGAAGCUAUUUGGUUUGAUAAACGCAGAGAUUUAAAUAGCCUUAAUUUAAAUAAUAUUGAUGGAUUUAUUCUUAAUGUUCCAACAGAAUAUAAAUUUGGAUUUGUAUUUUUACCAUUAAAAAAACGUCAUUGGAUAGCUUUGCGUAAAAUAAAAGGUGCCUUUUAUAAUCUUGAUUCAAAGCUUGAUUCACCGGUAUUAAUUGGUAAAAAUAAUGAAUUAAUAGCAUAUCUUAAGGACCAAAUACUGAGUAAAGAAAAAGAAUUAUUUAUUGUUGUUGAACGAGAAAUUGCCAAUAAUCAAGAUUGGUUAAUUAAAUUAAACGUUAAUAAUAUUAAUUCUCAUUCUCAUUCUCUUAAAUUUAUUGAAAAUAAUGAUAAUGGUGAAAAUAAAAAAUAUUCUCAUAAAGAUAACAACGAUGAAAAUAACGAUCGGUAUACUAAAGAAUCUGAUAAUACUAUUAAUUUUAAUAUUGAUAAUAAAAUUGAAUUUAAAAAUAAUGACUAAAGUUAAAUAUAAUAAAAUAAUAGUACUUACAAGGUUUAAGGAUAUAAAAAACCAAUCAUAUUAUUUUAUUUAUUUUUAAAAAAAUUUUUUUUAUUAUUCAAAUAUGCAACGUUUCAUCAGCAUUUGAUUAUUUGAAUAAUAAAGAAAAAUACAUAACAUAAUGAUAUAACUGAUUUUUGAUAUUCUGAAACCUUGUAAUAUCAUUUUAUAUUGGACCUGAAAUUAAUAAUGCAAGUGUUAUGUAUAUUGAU